AUGUCGGACGUAGAAGACAACAACCAGCCCGAGGUCUCUGAGGAGGUCGAGGUUUCCGGCGAUGCCCCCAAGGGUCAGAUGUCCGUUCUCGACGCUCUCAAGGGUGUCCUGAAACUCGCCCUCAUCCAUGAUGGUCUUGCCCGUGGUCUGCGUGAGGCUUCCAAGGCCCUCGACCGUCGCGAGGCGCACAUGUGCGUUCUCAACGAGAAUUGCGAGGAGGAGGCCUACAAGAAGCUUGUCACUGCCCUCUGCCAGGAGCACAAGAUCCCCUUGAUCAAGGUCCCCGACGGCAAGCAGCUCGGCGAGUGGGCCGGUCUCUGCGUUCUCGACCGUGAGGGCAACGCGCGCAAGGUCGUCAACUGCUCUUGCGUCGUCGUUAAGGACUGGGGCGAGGAGUCGCAGGAGCGCUCUGUGCUCCUCAACUACUUCCAGACCGAGCAGUAA